CAAAGUUUGCAGCGGAGCCCAAGGAAGGGAGAAGAGCAAAGUUGCAUUGGACUUCGUCAUGGCUACCAACUUAGGAGAUAGCCAAGAGGCUCCAAAGAUCGAGAACAUUGUGACCAGGGUAACCAGCCUCCCCUUGGUCAGUUCGGCAUACGACAUCUGCAGCUCCUUGUAUAACUAUGCCAAGGGGACUCAUCCAUACAUCACCACCGCCUGCAGCAUCGCAGAGAUGGUGGUGGCCGUAGCCGUGGGGGGCGCCAUUGGGGGCGCACAGCCGCUCAUCAGCCAUUUCGAACCUCAAGUUGCAGCAGCGAAUGAGUAUGCCUGCAAGAGGCUGGAUGACCUCGAAGAGACCCUGCCAUACCUUCACCAACCAACUCACCAGGUCUUUGAAGAUGGUGUCAGCUUGACCAAAUCAGUGGUCUCUUCCACAGUCAACAUUGCCAUGGACGCUGCCAAUGUGGCCAAGGAAAUGGUGACCGAGAAAGUGACCAAAGCUGUGGACCUCAGCAAGGACAUCGCCCAGGACAGCAUCACGUUGACCAAAUCGGUGGUCAACAACGCCGUAAAUGUUGCCACCGAAGCCAAGGACCUGAUGACCCAUAGGGUGGCUGAUGUGGUCAAUUUGACCAAAGAGACCGUCCAGGACAGUGUCGACUUGACCAAAUCAGUGGUGUCUUCCACAGUCAACACAGCCCUGCAAACGGCCCAUGGAACAAAAGAUGCUGUGACCGGCAAAGUGAACAGGGCGGCAGGGAAGCGCUGUGGGGCCAUCCAAGAAGGCCUGGAGAUGACCAGCUUCAUGAGACAGAGGGUGGCAAAGAGAGUGGAUUCCAUGCUGGAAAAGACGGAGGAGAUGGUGGAUCACUAUUUGCCCAUAACUGAGGAGGAGCUGGUGAAGUUGUCCACAGAAGUUCAGGGCUUCGAUACGGCUUCUGCGAAGGACCAGAAGCAGCAGCAAAGUUACUUCGUCCGGCUGGGGUCCCUCUCCAACAAAGUCCGUCAUCGGGCCUACCUGCAUUCUCUGGACAAGCUUCGCCUUCUUAAGGAAAAUACUCAGGAUACGCUUUCCCAGCUCCAGUUGGUAAUUAACCUGAUUGAAUAUGUGAAGCAGGGUGUGGGGCAGCAGUUCCAAGACGCCCAGCAGAAGCUGCAGGAGCUCUUGCUCCAGAUCCAGCCGACAGAAAUCCAGGCCACAGGAGACACACCGCCAGAGCAGGUCGAGUCGCACACUCUAGUGCUGCUUCGUGUGAUCACCCAAGACCUGGGACCAACCUUCCAGAGGAUGGUCUCCAUCAUUGAAGGCCUCCCCAAGAACAUCUAUGAAAGGCUGGACCAAGCUGUCCACAACAUCCAUCAGCUUCACACUUCUUUCUCCACCGUCGCUUCCUUCCAGGACUUGACCACCACUGUCCUGACUCAGAGCCAGGAGAAAAUUGCCCAGACCCGCGAGGCUCUGGACGCCCUGGUAAAAUACGUUGCAGAGAACACGCCCCUGAACUGGGUGGUGGGACCCUUCUGGCCCUCACCAGUUGCGGCCACUGAGAAGCUGAUGGAAACGGAAACGUCCAAGUCUGACAGUCAGGAGAUGGCAAAGACGACUCCUCAGGAUGCAGGGGAGGCAAUGACUGAGAUGAAGGAGGUUACGGCCCCCAAACCGAUGAAGGUUGUGCCCAAACCAGCAAAGGAGAAGGAGAAGGAGAAGGAGGAGAAGGCAGGGGACGUGAGAGAAGGGAAGGCCAGAGAAAGCACCAAGGCCUUGCUGGAGGAGGCGCCGUCUGAUGUGCCAAAGAAAGCAAAGAAACAGAUAACAGAGGCGGCAGCAGAGAAGGCAGGCAAAAGUUCUCUGAAUAUGGCAUCCGAAGCUCCAAAUGAGGGGCCAUAAAUGUUGCAAUGAUUUCAACAGGAGUUGCUGCCUAAAAGGAACGGGCUUGUCUUUCAAAAUGACAGUGUAGACCAGGCAUGUGUCUCGAUUAUUCUCCUAUUGUGUGCCGCGCAAGAACAGCCUAUGCAAUCGGCCCUUUCUGCCCCUUUCACCUGAAGCCCCCUCCGACACACGUCUAAAAUUUCUGCUACCUAAAAUGGCUCUGCCCUUUCUCCCUUGCUUCCCCUUAUGCCUGGAACUCCCUUCCAGGGUCCUCAUAGAGUUCCUGCUCCUUUAAAUUGCUCUCCUUUCUCUCUUGCUGCCCCAUAGGUCUGGAACCCCCUCCCAGAGCUUUAUUAUUACUAUUAUUAUUAUUAUUAUUUUUACAUUUAUAUCCCGCUCUUCCUCCAAGGAGCCCAGAGUGGUGUACUACAUACUUGAGUUUGUCUUUCACAACAACCCUGUGAAGUAGGUUAGGCUGAGAGAGAGAAGUGACUGGCCCAGAGUCACCCAGCUAGUAUCAUGGCUGAAUGGGGAUUUGAACUCGGGUCUCCCCGGUCCUAGUCCAGCACCCUAGCCACUACACCAUGCUGGCUCCCUUAAAUGAGACUACCCACUCUCCCUUCCUGCCCUUUAUGCCUGGAACUCCCUCCUGGAGCAUCUGUCUGGUACUACCUUUCUAUUUGCCUCCAAAUCUGCAUAGCCCACCGUUUAACCUCUUAGCUCACACUCUCAGCUUCAACAAAGGCUAAAGUAAAUGCAUCCUGCGUCACUAUUGUCUCUCCCUUAUUUUUCAUUUCCAUUGGUUGGCGGCCUCCCUGUCGGUUGGGGGGUGGGGGGGAUAGAUUGUAGGGCAGAGAAUGUGCCUCUCCAGGGAUGUCUUUUACAUAGUUAGCUGCUUGAUGGUGCCAUAUAUUAUAAUAUUAUAAUAAUGUACCCCAUGUCUACGAGUCUGUCUUUCUCCUGAGUUGCUUGUUGGUGCAGGUGGCAGAAGUACUUUCUGAAGGGUGCGGGGGAGAUAACAGACUGUAUUUGGGGAACCUGCUACAUUUAGUCUGGAGGAAAGCCCCCCCACACCCGAUUCACCUUAUUUUCUGGUAACUGUGUAGAAGAAAUAGCAAUCCUUUCUCCUGCUCUAGGUAGACAGAAGUGCCUUUGUGACACUAGCCGGUCCAUACCUUCCUCUCAGGUCUAUCUGCAUGUCCAGCAACCAAAGCACCACAUAUGAAGAGGAACAGAGUUUCAUGCUUAACAAGAACAGAAGCAAAUACGGACAGACUAACAUGAGCACAGCUAUUCAAAAAGGAUUCCCAUGAUUUGGUGCGCGUUUGACCAGUAAAUACCAAACUACUGGUUAGUCUGGGGAACUGUUCAUACUAAAAGGAUGUACAGAAUCCUAUGAGCAGGAUUUAUUGUGACAGCGGUGAAUUUGGCCCUGUGUGUGUGCACAGCACUGUCCAAGCGUUGCCCACAAUUUCCCCUGUGUCUGCCAUUCAGAUAGGCACGCACAACAUGCCAGCAUGGUAUGACACACUGCAAAAUAAAGUCGCUACUGCUUUGA